GUGACAGAGUGUGUGCGCGCUAGAGUGUUUAAUAGAAGAUGGCCGGGGGUCUAGUUCGAGGCAAGCUGAUAGCGGUUAUCGGGGACGAGGACACCGUCACCGGCUUCUUACUCGGUGGAAUCGGGGAGCUGAACAAGAACCGGAAACCCAAUUUUUUGGUGGUGGAGAAGGAGACGAGCGUAACCGAGAUCGAAGAGACGUUCAGAAGUUUUCUAAAUCGUGAUGAUAUAGGCAUUAUUUUGAUCAACCAGUUCAUUGCUGAGAUGAUCCGUCAUGUAAUUGACACGCACACCAUCUCCAUCCCUGCAGUACUUGAGAUUCCUUCAAAAGAACACCCGUAUGAUGCAACCAAGGACUCUAUACUGCGCAGAGCCAAGGGAAUGUUUACAAUGGAGGAUUUGCGGUAAUUCGGAAAACAUUUCGGCAAACGCAGGGAUCUGCCCUACAUCAAUCAGGUCCUGCUGAGAGGCUCGAUUCCUUCUGUUGGUCAUAGCCAGUAACCCUUUUCUCAAUUAAUGCUGCCUGUGUGUGGCAUUAAUUAGUUGUUAAAUGUUGAUUAUGAAAUUAAAAUUGUGUUUCCUUGCUGUGUGUUAUCUCCUCAACUGCAAAUGUUAAAUCUUUGCCCCCAAAGUCUGUAUUGCCUAGAAAAGUCUCCAUAUGGCUUAUGCUCAGAAAUAUACUUUUUAAUAGACUAUUUAUAGUUAAUUAAAAAAAAGAAUAUUUAAAUGCUCAUUAUGGUUACUGAGAAGUCAGAGAUUGGCAGCUUACAUUUAAAUAUGUACACUGGCUACUAUCAAUGCUUUUGAGACUGUGUACUAUUGAAAUAAAAUAUUUAGUGCAUGUCAUUAAAGUCAUUGUGGGAAAUCCUAAGAUAUCUGUGAAUGCAGACCGCAUCAAAAAUGCAAAAAAUGGGAACCAAACCCCAAGAUGUUCACUAUGUCUUUACCUUAUAAUUGCAAUUGUGGUGUUUAUCCUAAUAAAAAUAUAUUAUCAUAGAA